UCUAUAAUGAGCUUAUUUAGAUCAGAAUAGAUGGAAUUCUAUAAUUUGGUGAUUCCUCGUGAGUCAGCAUGGGAUGUAAUGAACACAUUAGGAUAUUUUGAUAGCGUUCACAUAAUUGAUUAUGAUUCAACAUUACCUUAGAUAAAUAGGCCAUUUUCAAAUUAUGUGAAGAGGUAUUACAUUUAGAGAUUAAAGAUGUGAUGAUGUACUUUAGAAGAUUGGAUAGAUAGAUGGAGAGAUGAGUAAUUUUAAGAUAGAUAAGAUUUAUUGUCCAGAUGUAAUAGAUUUAUUGGAGAAGAGAAAUGGAGGUCAUAAAUAAUUUGAGGAAUUAGAGUAGGAGGUAUGUAAAGUGGCAGAUGAUUUGGAACAUCAAUAAUAGACAUUGAAUAGUUUAUAAGAGAAGAAAAAUACAAUAAGAGAGAAUUUGGAAGUGUUAAGAAAUGCAGUAGCAUUUUAGAAUGAGGAUUCAGAAGAGGCAAGUUUAUUAGGAUUUUAAAAGAUGGUUGGAGUAAUAUAAAAGGAAGAUGAAUUAAGAUUUAAAAGGAUAAUAUUUAGGAUAACAAAGGGUAAUAUUCAUGUUGAGAUGAUGGAUAUUUAAGAGCAUUUUAUAUAAUAGGAUAAAAGAACUGUUUAAAAAUGUGUAUUUAUGUUAUUUUAUCCUUGUGGAGAUUUAACUUAAAAGAAAAUUUAGAGAGUGAUUGAAUCAUUUUCAUGUAACAGAUUUGAUAUUCCAAUAUCACCAGAAUAACAUGCUUAACGAAUUAAUUAAUUGGAAAAUUAAUUAACUGAAGCAGAUUAAUUAUUACAUUUGACUAUAGCUUAAAUGAACAAGAGACUGUAGGGUUUAGCAGAAGUCAAACAUAAUUGUUCAUGGAUUGAAGAAGUGAGAAUUUUAGCAACCAAAGAAAAAUACUUGUACAUGAAUUUAAAUAUGUUAAAUAUGACAAACUCUGUAUUCCAUGGAUAAAUAUGGUUACCUUAAGGUUAAGAUUAAAAAAUUUAAUAAGCUCUACGAAACUUACAUGGUAAUGAUAAAUAAUUACCUAGUGGUUAAAUAUAGGAAUGCUAAACUUAAUUAACUCCUCCUACUUAUUAUAAAUUAAAUACAUUUACAUAUCCAUUUUAAGAAAUUGUUAACACAUAUGGAAUUCCUAGAUAUAAGGAGAUUAAUCCAGGAUUAUCAACAAUAAUAACAUUCCCAUUCUUAGUUGGUGUUAUGUUUGGUGAUGUUGGUCAUGGGUAUAAUUUAUUAAUUUAUUAAGAGUUUGUUAUUAUUUGUUUGUGGAUUGUAUUUGACAAGUGAAGAUGCAAGAAAAUCUGUCUUUGCAGGAUUAGUACCUAUGAGAUAUAUGAUUCUAUUAAUUGGAUUCUUUGCAACAUAUAAUGGACUAAUUUAUAAUGAUUUUCUUUCUAUGGGUUUAAAUUUAUUUGGAAGCUGUUACUAAUUGGUUGAUGGAGAAUAUCAAUUAUAAUAAGAUUGUGUGUAUAAGUUUGGUAUUGAUCCAGCAUGGGGUUCAUCUGCAAAUCAAUUAACAUUUAUGAACUCAUUUAAAAUGAAACUAGCAGUAAUCAUUGGAGUUAUACAUAUGACCUUUGGUAUUAUUUUGAAAGGCUUUAAUACAUUACACUUUAAUAAUUACAUUGAUUUCUUUUGUGAAUUCAUUCCGUAAUUUCUUUUGAUGAUUUGCAGCUUUGGUUAUAUGGAUUUCUUAUUAUUUUUAAAAUGGAGCACUAAAUUUGAAGAUACUAAGGAUGCUCCAAGUGUUAUAACAACUAUGAUAGAUAUGGUACUUAAACCCUUUGAUAUCCCUGAAAAACCUUUGUUUGAAUCGGGUGAGUAGUAGAGAUCAAUUUAACUUCUAUUAUUGACUAUCAUAAUAUUUUGUGUACCAGUUAUGUUGAUUACUAAACCAUUAAUUUUUAGUUUAAGCAAAAAGAAUAAUUAGUAUCAAUAGAUACCAUCACAGAACCCUGAUGAUGAUGCUAAUCAUGAAUAAUUACAAAAUGAUAUGCAAAAAGAUUAAUCAUAAUAAUAAAGUAGAGUAAGUAUUUAAUAACAUCAUGAACAUGAUGAUAUCAGUGAAUUGAUUGUUCAUUAAUGUACGAAUAUUAUUUAAUAUUUAUAGCUAUUGAAACAAUCGAAUUUGUAUUGGGAAGUGUUAGUAAUACAGCCUCUUAUUUAAGAUUAUGGGCAUUAUCCUUAGCUCAUUCAUAAUUGGCUGAAGUAUUCUUUUCCAUGACUAUCGCAGGCCAUGUAGGUCAAGGAGGAUUCUUUGGAACAAUUGGAGUAAUAUAAUCAAUUUUAUGUUUAUAGUCAAUUGUAUAAUUCCCAGGAUUUGCUCUAGCCACUUUCGGAGUCUUAAUGUGUAUGGAUCUUAUGGAAUGUUUCUUACAUGCUCUUCGAUUGCAAUGGUAUUUAAUUUUUUGAUUAACUAGGGUUGAAUUCUAAAGCAAAUUUUAUAAAGCUGAUGGAUAUCUGUUUAAAGCUUAUUCAUUCAAAAAUAUAAAAAACAAAGAAAAAGAAGAUUGAUG